AUGGCAAUCGGCAUCUCCACUGUCCCAGGUGAACUACAAUGGCAGCGUCCACUUCCAAUGAAGUUAACUUACCAUAUUUCCAAGAUACACACAAUUAAGUCCAUACCAAGUGAUGAGAUCUCAGCAGUGUUUCAGAGGUCCUUCAAUCGGUGGUCACAAGUAAUUCCGGUUGAGUUCAUUGAAACGGAAGAGUAUAAAUUAGCUGAUAUAAACAUUGGGUUCUACCACCCAUGGGAUGAUUGGAAAUCAAUAGCGUACACUGUUUAUAACCCAAAAAAGGAGAUACGCUUCAGAGCACGAUUGAAUUGGACUGUGAACAUUAGAGGCGAUGACUUAACUUCAAGAUCAUUUGAUUUAGAGGCAGUAGCAGUGCAUGAGAUUGGACAUGUAUUGGGUUUAUACCAUUCUUUAAAUGAAGAUUCAGUGAUGUAUAAAAACUCACUUGGAGUGAUGGAUCUUUCAGUUGAAGAUGUGGAGAAUGUGCAAGCAUUGUACAAGAGCCAAAGAUUCGCUUCUCCCAGUUUGUUGAGUUGGCUUAAAAAUAAUGGGGUCUAUGUAGCUGUUGUUGAAUAG